AUGGAGGAUAAUAGAUUUGUCGUUUCAACCGUGGAGGGGGAAUGUAAGAAGAAUGGUAUCCACAUGGGAGCUAAUAUCAUAUCUCGUCCACUACGGUCUUCCUUGGAGACUGUCGAGCGAGGAGUUACCAACGCGCAGCCGGACACCUGGCUCCACGAUGCCGGCUGGAGGAGAAAACGCUCUCUGGCACAGCUGACAAGGGAAGCGCUCCCCAGAAUGGAAAACUACAGAAAUUCGAAGAGAGCCCUGAAAAGACCUAGUUUAGGUGAACUACACGGUGACCACCUAAUAACUGAAGAGGAAGAGAAAACGCAGAAUCCGAGAGACACAAAAUCACCGACACCAGCCGGUGGAAUCAAAUUAGGAUGGAUACAAGGUGUGUUGAUACCAUGUCUCCUGAACAUCUGGGGCGUGAUGCUGUUCCUUCGUAUCUCGUGGGUGGUGUCGCAGGCCGGCAUUGGCUGGUCCCUGGUCAUUAUUGCACUAUCAGCUGUUGUGUGCGUCAUCACCACGCUAUCUAUGAGCGCAAUUUGCACCAAUGGAGAAGUAAAAGGAGGCGGAAUUUACUACAUAAUAUCAAGAUCUCUCGGCCCAGAAUUCGGGGCUUCUGUGGGCAUAAUAUUUGCCUUUGCCAACGCCGUGGCCGCGAGCAUGAACACUAUUGGUUUCUGUGACUCCAUGAACCACCUCCUCAAGAGUUUAGACCUGCAAAUAAUCGACAACAGCUACAACGACGUGAGGAUCAUCGGCGCCAUAGCUUUAUUCGUGAUGUGCGUCAUCUGCGCUGUCGGAAUGGACUGGGAGAGUAAAGCACAGAAUUUCUUGAUCGCGAUUAUAGUGGGCGCAAUCGUCGACUUCGUUGUUGGUGCGGUCAUGGGUCCGAAGAGUAACUUGGAGGUUGCAGAAGGAUUUGUGGGCUUAAGUACAUCAACGUUCGUAGAAAACUUCAAUUCUGACUUCAAAUACAGUGAGGGCAUGGAGCAGAACUUCUUCAGUGUCUUCGCCAUAUUCUUUCCUUCCGUGACCGGAAUACAGGCAGGUGCGAAUAUAUCUGGCGAUCUGAAGGACCCCGCAUCCGCCAUACCAAAAGGCACGUUAUUAGCGCUCCUAAUAUCUAUGGUGAGCUACGCUAUGAUGGUCUUAUUCACCGGAGCCGCAGCCCUCCGUGACGCGAGCGGAAAUAUCACUGACCUGGUCAUCAGCAACGGCACAGUUACAAAUUACAGUGCGGUCAGUCAGUGUGCUAACAGCACAUUAUUCCCUUGCAAAUAUGGGAUGCACGUUGAUUUCGAGAUCAUGCAACUGAUGUCGGCGUGGGGCCCCUUCAUCUACGCGGGCUGCUGGGCGGCGACUCUGUCCACGGCGCUCACCAACCUGCUGUCGGUGCCGCGACUCAUCCAGGCGCUCGGCGUCGACCGCAUCUACCCAGGACUCAUCUUCUUCUCGAAACCGUACGGACGACACGGAGAAGCCUACAGAGGAUACGUGCUCACCUUCUUAGUGUCCUUACUGUUUCUACUUAUUGCGAAAUUAAAUGCGAUCGCGCCAUUGAUCUCCAAUUUCUACCUGGCAUCAUAUGCGCUGAUAAACUUUUGCACGUUUCACGCGGCGCUGGUGCGGCCUCUUGGCUGGCGACCUACAUUCAAAUACUACAAUGUUUGGGUGUCCCUGGCCGGUUUCCUGAUGUGUGUCGGGAUCAUGUUGCUCAUCAGCUGGAUCAUGUCGCUCGUGACCAUUGCAAUAUUCUUCACGCUGUAUCUCAUCGUGCACUACCGUAAUCCCGAUGUGAACUGGGGCAGUAGCACGCAAGCUCAGAUGUACAAGACGGCGUUGUCCAGUGCCCACAACCUGGCCCGCACCGGGGAGCACGUGAAGAACUACUGGCCGCAACUGCUGGUGCUGGGGGGGCGCGCCCACGCUCGUCCGCCGCUCGUAGACCUGGGCAGCCUAAUCACCAAAGCCGGCUCUCUUAUGAUCAUUGGAGAUAUUUCGAAGGAAAAACUGUCAUACAAGGUGUGCUCAGCGCGCGCUCGUGCAGAUAACGAAUGGCUGCAAGAGAGGAAAGUGCGCGCCUUCUGUUCGCUAGUGCAUGGAUUCAACUUUGAACAAGGAGCACGAGCCCUGAUACAAGCAACCGGUGUCGGCAAACUGGCGCCCAACGUGUUACUCAUGGGCUACAAGUCAGAUUGGACAACAGCUUCGUCCGAAGAUCUCGUUGCUUAUUUCAAUGUCUUACACACGGCGUUCGAGAACCGUCUGGCCGUCGCUAUAGUCCGUGUGCGCGGCGGGCUGGACUACGGCGCGGCGGGGGGCGGGGAGGAGGGCGCGGGGUCGCUCACCGUCACGUCGAGCGGCUCGGGCGAGCUACACGUGCGCCGCUCAGACGCGCUCAUCAUGCACGCGGACUCAGACCUCGACAUCCACACCGGCUCAUCCGUUAAAAACAAUCUCCCCAAUAUUUUAACACUGUCGACUUCGCGAUCGUUCACAAUAACUGAUGCCAAAGACAUAAAAGAUAAGAAAAAGAAAGACAAAAGGCCCACCGACAUGCAUCGUCAGAUCAUCUAUAACGCGGCGAACGGAAUUGAACUGUCUAAAGAUCAAUUAACUCAGAUGUCAAUAUUCAAACGGAAACAGGAAUCCGGGACGGUUGACGUGUGGUGGCUAUACGACGACGGCGGCCUCACAAUCCUGCUCCCGUACAUCAUCUCGCAACGCUCCGCCUGGGGGAACUGCAAACUUCGUAUAUUCGCACUCGCUAACCGACUCAACGAAAUGGAGCUCGAAGAAAGAAAUAUGGCCAAUUUACUGUCGAAGUUCCGGAUUGACUAUUCGUCGUUGACAAUGGUCCAAGACAUAACGGAGCCUCCGCAAGCAGAGACCAAAGCGCUCUUCGAUGAGACCAUAAAGAAAUUUACAAGUGAUUCUGCUGCACCAGAGUGUCGUAUUAGCGAGACGGAGUUGACGACGCUAUCCGGUAAGACGAAUAGGCAGCUGCGACUGAGGGAGCUUUUACUCGCCAACUCAAGGGACUCGAGGCUCAUCGUUAUGUCGCUACCCAUGCCCAGAAAGGGUUCCGUGUCAGCGCCGCUGUACAUGGCGUGGCUAGAGAUGAUGAGUCGCGACCUGCCACCGAUGCUCUUCGUACGAGGGAACCACACUUCAGUGCUCACGUUCUAUUCUUGAUUUGAAUUUGUUAUAAUUUAAACACAUGUUUGUUUUUGUUGAUAUAUUCCAAUAUGGCGACCGUGAAUUGAAAAACGAGCACGAAAAGCGGAAUUAUUUUGGCAUCAUACGAUUGAUUAUUGUUAGUUAAAUAUUUAGAUGAAUUAAAAAUGUAAAAGUAGUCGAAAUUCAUAUAUUUGUUUCGAAAAGUAACUAAAAGUAUGGACUGUUUUUCUAAAAUCCACCUUUACUUAAAUGUUUCAUGGCCAUAAAAAUUACGAGAACAAACCUAUACUGAAAUUUAAUUAUUGAAUAUCGAAUUGGAAUACUUUAAUUAUUAAUAAUUCAACUUACGAGUUCAGGCAUUUAAAUGUAAGGUUAAAAUAUAUUUUUGUAACUUUUUUAUUUAUGUACAUGUUUAAUUAGGAAAAUAGAUGAAAGAGAGUGUUGAUGAAAACAUUGUUUCAAAGAUUAUGUACCUAAGGCUAGUCCCAGUGAUGGACAAUAUUGUUUUUAAUAUAUUCAGUAUUCUUUGGUAGUAUUAAUUUAAUAUUAUUUAUUGAGCUUAAUUAAGUACGUGCGAAAGAACUUCUUGUGAUUUUUGUUACUAUGAUUUUCUUUAUUAUUAUUAAGUACCGGCAUUUUAAUAACGACGGAAAAUUUGAAAUUUUCGUUGUCAAAACUUGUGAGCUGAUAUAAUAUGUUGUCUGUCAUUUCAUGUCAGACAAUCAGUGUCUUCAAACACACCGUAAUUACGGUAGAUUUACCAUAUUUUUUCUAAUUAUACCAUUUACCGUAGAUAUGUUCUAUAGCGACACUCUACAGUAAUUUCGGUCGCCUCCUAAAUUUCUAGAAUUCUGGAAAUAAAUUAAAUUAAUAAUUUUUAUUAAUUAUUAGAUUUCUGGAAUUACUAAACUUAAUACUUAAUUUACUGCUAGCAUGUAAUAAAAUUAGUUUAAUAUUACUAUUUUGUUACGGCAACACUGUAAUGGGGAAUUCUGGUUUCUGGAAUACUGGGAAUGAAUUUCAUUACAACUUUUGACAACGAAAAUUAUAUAUCUGUGACUGAAAAAAAAGACCAUGAUUUUGAAACUCAAUGUUAAGUUACUAUCUCAUAUAGCUCACACGACUCUUGAAGUCCAGCAGACUAUAGAUGAUGAUUGGUGGCACUUUCGAAAUUAUAUCCAACAAAACAAGUGCAUCGUGUAUCGCAAAUAAAAACCAAAGAAGAGUAAUGGCCAUUCUUGAAUUUGUCACGUUGUAUGUUAGGAAUGCUAUGCCACAUUCAAACGCUGAAUGUGAACGUAUUUUUAGUGAGACUACUGACUUGAAGACAAAGAAAAGGUCAGUGGAAAAAAUCAGUUGUCCACAAAAUCUAUUGCUGGUUCACGCAACAGAUUAUUAAGAUAUAGCUGUGUUAAUUUCCAUGCCUUUAUAUAAAAACGGAUCUGCAGCAAUUUUACUUGAUUUAAGUGAGAUACUUAAUUAUUUUAAUGUAUUUGGAAAAUACACAUUUCAGGUUUAUUGAAUAAUUUUAUCAAUAAAAGGUUACCAUAAUAUUUAUUUUAUCCUACGGUAUUAGAGUUCCAUCUACCGUAUUUUUAGGCUAGCAACAUCGUAAUGUUUAAAGAAAUUGUUGGAGACACUAUAGACAAUGUUCUAUUGACUCGCUACUAUCAUAGUUACAGGCGUAAAGGCCCACGGAACCAUGCUUGUAUCUCUUGUAUCUUUUAUCUUUUAGUUUUAUCUGGAGCUAUGUUUUAUAAUAGUAACCAGUAUUAGCUUAAGACAUCCUUGAUUGACUAGAUUGUAUUGUGUUUAACACGAUCCACACACUAGCAACUAUAUCUGUCUCGCAGUGUAUAAUUCCCCGAAAAAUGAUUUGUUUAUUUGUUUUUGGCACGAAAUGACAAUUAAAUAGCGGAUUAGUAAAUUUUAUAACCUUUUUAAUUACAAAGAAUGUAAUAUUUAACAAGGUACAUACCUACUUAAUUUCAACGUACUUAAACUAUUUGAAAAACAUACUUAACUUAAUAAUA